AUGUUGUGUCCAAAGUCAAGAAUUGGUGUGUCAGCGCCGUGGUUGCGUGCAGUGGUGGCGAGUACAUCGUCGCAGGUGUCUUCGGAAGUGCGUUUGUCUCUGGACUCACGUGCGGAUGGUUUGGAAACGAAAUGGUCGGUGGCGGCAUGGCGGGCGGCGUCACCGGAGAUUCGUAAGUCAUUGUCGCCUGAAACGUGGGGUUCUCUGUCAUUGGAGACGUGGAAGUCGUUGCCUGAGGAGGUGUGGCGUUCGUUGCCGGUGGAUGCGUGGCAGCACGUGCCUGUGGAAGUGUGGGGAUGCAUUCCGUGCGACGUGUGGGAGAUGCUGGACGCUAUCCAAUUGCCGGCUGAGGCGGCCUGGAACGGGCGAGACUCCGUUGUGGAGACACCGGCCUGUCGUCUCGUGCUGUUGAACCGUAGCUACAGUAGCGGCGAGGAGCGGCUUCGGUGGCUGGAUGCGAAGCGGGAUGCAGCCUCUGGUGCUUAUUUGGAUUUGAUUGAACUGGAGAAAUUGCGACCGCGGCUGAAGGAGAUUGGGAAGCUGUGUAAGCUGAUCAAGCAGAAGGCGCGCCGCGUCGAGAGUCUGAAGGAGGUCAGCAGCCGCCGCCAGGGCCGCGUGGAAUUUGAACCGGAGGGCGGUGAGCGACAGGAGGUCGAGCAGUUCGACGCACAACUGAUCGACCUUUGUCGGAGCCGCGUACGCCGGGAAGAAGCGAGCGUAGAGGGGCUCCGAUUCGACAGCAAGGAUGCCGGCGCCAUGCUACGGAGGCUUGAACAAAAGCUGGUCGCGCUCGGCCGCCUGCCCCGGAGGCGUAACCGGUUCAGCUGGCGCCGACUCUGGCGACGAAAAGUCUCUCCCCGCGAAGGUUUCCUCAAGUUGGUCCGAGAAUUGAUCCGGCGGGACUGUGAAGCGGCUGUGGCCUCCUAUGAGAUCGAGGCCGCUGUCUAUGCCACCGACCUAUCGGACCAGGGUGCGGCUAAAUACAACCGCGUCCAGUGGUGCAUCGCCCUCGCAAAAGCCAUCGCACAACCCGGCAAGGACCACCUAAACAAGGCCGCCGAAGUUUUCGCCAAACGCCAGUGCUGGCUGGGCUUCGAUUGGGUUUCCAGCACCGUCCCUUCACGGCUUCCGUCUGGUGCCAAAAAGCGCGCACCUAUCCCACGAGCUUUUCACACUAUUGGCAAGUCUGAAAACAUCGCGGAACUCCUCAACAAGAAAUGUAAAGACGAAGAUGACGAAAUGAGGAUUAGCAGCGUCCGACUAGGCCGAGCCAGGUCCGGGCGACACAUACGAUGCCGUCCCCCACUCUCCUACCGACACGCCGUACAACUGUCCGACAGCAAAAUCGCUAAACACAACUCCGACGAACCUGCCACAGAGGAACCUGCUACAGAGGAAACCUUUACCCGCACGGAGGAAGCAGCUACCCAGGCGGAGAAGACAGCUACGAACACGGAGAAGGCCUGA